AUGGCCAUGAAUGCUGAAAAGUCCAAGAAACUGGACCUACUCAUGGGUCGGCUCUACACAUUGGGGGCGCCCAAGUUUCUACUAUACUCCAUUUCGCUCCUUGCCCUGAAUCCCGCUAUCGAGAUCUUCACUGAGGCCUAUGGAUUUGUAGAGCUAUUCAGUGGAGAAGCAUGGACUUCGCGUUGCAUGCGCAAUUCCCAUGUGAAGACGGCAUCUUUUGACAUACGUUACGGUGAUCCCGACAGAAACCCCUUGAAACAGGACCACAUGGACUUGUGUACAAGUGCUGGUUUUUCGCUUGCUCUAUUGACAAUAUUGAAUUGUCGCUGGGACCACUUCCUGGUAGUGGUUGGGUUGGUAUGCUCUUCUUUCGUGACGGUGUCGGCUGGAACUCACCAAAGAGCACCAUGGAGCCCUUUUGGAAACCUAAAUGCGUUGUUCGUUGAGACAGGGAAUCUCUUAGCGAGCAGGGUAUGCGCCUUGAUAUUGGUAAUAUCCUGCAUGAAUGGCUGCUGGAUCCUGGAACAGCCACGCUCGACUCAGCUGAUGUGGCUGCCCCGGGUAAGAUCCACAUUCAGACUUCUUCCCGAGGUGUUUGAAUCAUCGUGGUGGAUGGCAUUAUAUGGUGGCCUCACGCCUAAACGGCAUAUAGCUUUUUCAAAUGCGAAGACUAUUCAAAUCCUCGACCUUGGAAAGCUUUUGAAGGAAGUCAGACAAAGGCUCUCCAAGCAUGGGUAUCAAUCCACCCGAUCCUACAAAAGCAAGGGUCGCAAGGUCUUCUCCGGCACACGUUUUUUGAAACAAACUCAGACCUAUCCACCACGAUUUGCUCGACGUGUGGCGAAGUACUACGACCGCUUUUGCACUCAACGGGUGGGUCACUGCCCAAAGGAAAUUGACCCAGCCCCAGAGGCAGCUUUGGCUGCAAAGAGGCCAACAGCUAAGUCAAAGGGAAAGUCCAAGGGCAACUCAAAGGGAUCUACGACUCCACCUCCCCCGAGCCGACCAGUUGCUACCCCUGCCCGCAAGGGUGCUGUUGCCAGUGAAGAAGUUCCAACCCCACCGCAAGGUGCCUCUGGGAACCCUGCACCACAGAAGCGUCUUCGAGGAAAGGUGCCUGACGAUGCAAAGGACCGAGAAAUCGCUGAACUCAAGAAGGCAAGUGCCAAGAUGCAGGCCCAGUUGGAAGCUAUGAUGUCAACCCACGACAGCUCUCAAGGUGAUACUGGGAGUGCUCCUGCGGCCCCUUCCGGUGAGGGCCUCUCGCAGGAGGCGAAGAUGGCCAAGCUUCGUCGCGUGUGCGAAAAGAAGCCUUCAGGGAAGUGCAAAGUUCCAGAAGAUAUUCACUUGAAAUGGAAGAACAACAAUGGUGAUGACCGAAAGGAUCUUUUGGAGCUUCUUGAAACUUCUGACUGGGAUAAGGACACCUUUGUUGCGAAAGUUCAGCGAUCGGUUGCGAAGACGAACAAACUCACCCGGACAAAGAAACGGGCAUGGCACACUGAAGAGUCCAUGAUGAAAAAAUUGGACUGGUCUAAGUCCUACAUCAAGAAUGUGGUGGCCUACUGUCGCAAGCCUGGACAUGAGAAGUUGGUCAGGAAAGACCGCUACAACAAGAAACUUGAUAAGUUUUUGGUGGUGGUUGAGGAGAGAGAUAGCGAAGUUUCUGACCUUGAAGAAUGUGAACGACAUGAUGCCGUUCAGGACAGUGAGAAGCCCGUGAACUUCCAGUUGAAGGCCAAGGGCUCCAUGGAGCCUCCGGAUGUUGGGGCCACUUCGGAGACUGAUGUCUCUGAGGAGGAGGAGGAAGCAAAGCAAACCAAUGGCCCCAAACAGGAGUAUGAUCGCUUCAAGACCUUCGCCAACUCACUUUUGGGGCGGUCUGCCAAGAUUUCCGAGUUGAUUGCUGAUCUGGAAGCUUCGAUGGAAGCUUCCCAGAAAGGUCCGGAGACUUCUGAGGGGAAACGUGUUGCCAGGUUGGUAAGCAAUCUGGAAGAGGCUACUGCGACUUUGGAUGCAGAGCAUAACAAAUGCGAGUGCGUCAAGGCCCAAGUGUCGAAGUUGGCUAAGCUGAAGGACAACUCAGACCCUGCAGCUGCUAAGAUGAUCACCCAGAUCGAUGAACGAGUUUCGGAAACGACCAUUUCGUGCAGCAAGAUCACAGCGAUCGAGUCUGCCGCAAAGACAAUGGUUCGCAACCUUAAGAAGGUCGUCAAGGAGGAAAAGUGAUCCACACAAUUGGGUGUUGAACAAAUUUUGUUGGAUAGGGGUCCAGUGCACAAACUUUGUGCCUUACCGUUCUUGAGAUGAAGCUUUUGAAGUAAAGCUGAAACCAUGGCAAAGAUGCAGUCUGCACACAGCUUUAGAACAUGCGUCUGGCGCGUGAGUGGCUGUACUUGGGGUGAUUGCUCGC